AAUAAGGAUAAGAUUAUAAUCUGAAUUGAGGAAUUUAUCUACAUAUGUAUUUGGGAUAUCCGAUAUUUUAUAUUGUUAUAUUUUGGUAUACGAUUAGAUAUACCUACGCAGGAGGGCAAACGGUAUAUGCAUAUGGUAAUAAGCUGUUUUAUUCGAAUGGGACGCAAUUUUUGAUAAAAGGUGUUGCAUAUCAAUCACCGUUGGGACUGGGAGAACCGGGACAUUAUAGGGAUCCAUUGGCAGAUAGGGAAGCAUGUAAUCGGGAUUUGCGGUAUUUUUUAGAUCUUGGGAUAAAUACGAUUAGGGUGUAUACGGUGGAUCCGGAGAAUAAUCAUGAUUAUUGCAUGGAAGUUUUUGGAAGGAAUGGGAUCUAUGUUCUUUUGGAUCUUUCAGAGCCAAGAAAUUCUAUAAUUAGCACGGAACCGUCAUGGAAUGUGAGACUUUUUUGGAGGUAUAGUCAAGUAAUUGAUGCGAUGCAUCGAUAUUCGAAUUUACUGGGUUUUUUUGCGGGAAAUGAGGUUAUUCUUGAUACGGAGAAUACGCAUUCAGCAGCAUAUGUUAAAGCAGCGAUACGAGAUGUGAAAUCUUAUAUAAAAAAGAAAAAAUACAGGAGAAUUCCAGUAGGAUACGCGGCAAAUGAUCAUGAACAUACGCGUAUUCCGUCAGCGAAUUAUUUUGCAUGUGGGGAUCCAGAUUCGGCAGCGGAUUUUUUUGGAAUUAAUAUUUAUGAAUGGUGUGAACCUACUACAUAUGAAACGUCUGGAUAUAGGGAUAGAGUCAAUGAUUUUAAGCAUUAUAAUAUUCCAAUAUUUUUUUCUGAAUAUGGUUGCAAUAUUGUAAAUGGAAGAAUAGGCACUCGUACUUUUAAACAAGUUGAGCAUAUUUAUUCCGAAAAGAUGACGCAAGUGUUUUCCGGGGGAAUUGUUUAUGAAUGGUUUCAAAAUGUAAAUAACUAUGGAUUAGUUAAUUUGAUGUCGGAUAAUACCAUUUCUCCACGUGAGGAUUACAAACAUCUUAAAGAACAAAUUGGUAAAAUAAAACCUAAAAUUGUUCACCGUUCAGAAUAUAGAGCAACAAAUGGCCCUCCAGAAUGCCCGGCUAUUAGUCAAUAUUGGUCAGCAUCGACAAGACUUCCUCCUAUACCUAAUUCAGAGCUUUGUGCAUGUGCAUCUAGAGCAUCUUCAUGUAUUGCAGUAAACGAUAUCACAGAUACAGAAAUUUCCAGCAUUUUUUCAUAUGUUUGUGGCGAAAUUAGUUGUAAAGGUGUAUCAGGAGAUGGUAGAACAGGAGUUUAUGGUGCAUACUCCGUUUGCGAGCCCAUUGAUCAACUCAAUAUUAUUCUUCAUUCAUAUUAUAUUAAACACAGACAAGAGAGUGCUUGUAACUUUAAAGGACUCGCAUAUGUAGUAGUUUCAGAAACUACUAAAACAUGUUCUUCAUUAUUACGAAUUGUAGGAAUGGAUGGUUCUGGUAGCAUUACAGGCCCCCCUGUCGCAGAUGGUUUUGAUAAAGAAAGAGAUCCAAGAAAUCGCAAAGACAAUUCAGGAAAAACUAUAUAUGCAAACUGGAAAUUAAUAUUUAAAAUUAUUGCAUAUUUUUUUGGAAUCAUUAUUCUUACUGCAUAACAUUCGAUACACUUAUAUCACUCAAUAUUUUGGAUAUUUUGCAUU